UCAAUAAUCUUUCUCUUGUAGUUAUCUGGAUCGGCUGGAGUUCAGUUAUAGAGACAGUCAAUAUAUUCAUCAUUUUACCUGCAGUCUCCUGAAAUAUACACUAUUAAACAAAAUGCCUGGACCCGCAGCUAGUGCAACAAAUGUUGGUGCCUCCAGCCGUUCCCCGAGUAAGACCGUAGCCCCCCGCGCUGCUGGCACCUCAGCCAGACAGAGGAAAGCCCCUAGCAGUGGCGCACGCAGCGGAGGCAGAUCCACAGCAUCAGCUGGCACAGGAGGGAUGUGGCGCUUUUACACUGAGGACUCACCGGGACUUAAAGUUGGCCCAGUACCCGUUUUGGUGAUGAGUCUGCUCUUUAUCGCAUCUGUAUUCAUGCUGCACAUCUGGGGAAAGUACACACGCUCCUAAACCUGCAUGACCUCUGGACCCUAAAGUCUGCCGCUGAAUCUUAAGCCCUUGGACUUGGACCAAACUCUGACCAUCAACACCUUUUCCUUCAUUAAAACCUCCAUUUCAAAGGGUUUUCACCCCCAUUCAAGUUAACCCAGCCACUACAACCAUUUGGCAAUUUACAAACCCUCAUCUUGCCCUCCCUCCACCAGAUCAGGACAUCUUUUUUUUGUUAAUCCUUUGUACAAACUAAUAUGUAAAAUUGUACAAUAAAAUGCUGUAAAACAUUU